GGAGGAGGAGGAGGAGGAGGAAGAGGAGGAGGUCGUCCCCACCAUGGCCCAAGGACCCAGACAUCUCUCCUGAUGGCGGUUGCAGGGAGCUUUGCCGCCCAAAUUCUCUGAUCCAGUGAAACUACCAGGAAAGGUCCGCGAGGCCCCAGUUUGCUGACUGCAUGAAAAACCCCAAAGGAAAUGCCAGUCGUGAUGGCCCGGGGCCUGGACGAAGCUGCAUCAUCCUCAGGAGAGGAAGAGGUGGAAAGCCCAGAGGAUCAUCAGUGCAUCACGUGGACCGGUGGCUGCAAGAGAAUCCCGGUGUUGGUGUUCCAUGCGGAGGCCAUUUUAACCAGGGACAGCAGUAUCCGGGUCAUUGGAGAACGUUAUCACCUGUCAUAUAAGAUUGUCCGGACCGACAGUCGCCUGGUGCGCAGCAUUCUGACAGCUCAUGGAUUUCAUGAGGUUCACCCAAACAGCACCGAGUAUAACCUCAUGUGGACUGGAUCCCACCUGAAGCCUCUCCUACUGCGUUCCCUCUCGGACGUUCAGAAGGUCAACCACUUCCCCAGAUCUUAUGAGCUCACCCGGAAGGACAGACUGUACAAGAAUGUUAUCCGAAUGCAGCAAGCACAUGGAUUCAAGGCGUUCCACAUCCUCCCACAGACCUUCCUUCUGCCCGCUGAGUAUCCGGAAUUCUGUAGCUCCUAUUCAAAGGACCGGGGACCCUGGAUAGUAAAACCCGUCGCUUCGUCUAGGGGACGUGGCGUCUACCUGAUCAACAAUCCAAACCAGAUUUCCCUGGAAGAGAACAUCCUGGUCUCCCGUUACAUCAACAACCCACUCCUCAUAGAUGAUUUCAAAUUUGAUGUGCGCCUCUAUGUGCUCGUGACAUCCUACGACCCCCUUGUCAUCUAUCUCUACGAGGAGGGAUUAGCCAGGUUUGCCACUGUGAGAUAUGAUCAAGGACCGAAAUUCAUUCGAAACCAGUUCAUGCAUCUGACCAACUAUAGUGUCAACAAGAAGAGUGGAGACUACGUCAGCUGUGAUGAUCCUGAAGUAGAGGAUUAUGGGAACAAGUGGAGCAUGAGUGCGAUGCUUAGGUACCUGAAACAAGAAGGAAGAGACACAAGUGUACUAAUGGCCCACGUCGAGGAUCUGGUCAUUAAAACUAUCAUCUCUGCUGAGUUGGCUAUUGCUACCGCUUGCAAAGCCUUUGUCCCUCAUCGAAGCAGCUGUUUUGAGCUCUAUGGCUUUGACGUCCUCAUCGAUGCGACUCUGAAACCUUGGUUGCUGGAGGUAAAUCUGUCUCCUUCGUUGGCCUGUGAUUCACCUCUGGACCUAAAGGUUAAAGCCAGUAUGAUUUCAGAUAUGUUCACUGUUGUAGGAUUUGUGUGCCAAGAUCCUGUCCAGCGUUCAGGCCGGCCAGCUUAUCCCACCUAUGAGGCUUCCAAGCGAAAUCCCUUCCAGAAACCUCAGCGUCCAGUAACUGCACAGGGUCGACCAACACACAGCAGACUGCAUUCCCGACCCUCCUCUGCUAGCGAUGUAGAAUUGAAAAACCUGAUGGUUUCGGGCAGCGAGAAGAUUCCAGGGAAGUUAAGUGGCUCUGUGCUGGGACUGUCCAUGGAAGAGAUCAAAGUUCUGAGGCGGGUGAAGGAGGAGAAUGAGAGGAGCGGAGGUUUUAUUCGUAUAUUUCCUACACCAGAAACAUGGGGUAUUUAUGGGUCCUUUCUAGAAUACAAGACCUCAAUGAACUAUAUGUUGGCCACUCGCCUCUUUCAGGACAGAGGAACAUCACGAAGAGAUCUAAUGGCAGGGAGAAUUCGAUUGGCUGUUCAUGGAGGUACAGAUGUGAGGCUGGGCUGUGUGAACUCUAAGGCCAAACUGCAUGCGGCCCUUUAUGAAAGGAAGCUGCUGUCUCUGGAGAUGCGAAAGGACAGACAAAAGCGUGGCAAGUCCAAAAUGUUAAGGUCAAGGCACUCAGCUGAGAUACACCUGAGAUCUGAGCUGGGGAGUGAAGAGGAAGAGGAGUUGAUAGACAAUGAAGAUGAAGAAUUAAAGAGGACCCAAGAUGAAGCUGCCAGGUUCCUUGUAGAAAGUCAAGUCAGCCUGAAACCAUCAGUAAAAAUGGUUCUGAUGGGAGCUUUACCCCAACAAAACUCUCCGAAGGAAAGUGAGCCUCAGGAACCCAAAGCUAAAUUGAGCUUGCUGCAAGUUUUGCAGGAGAAUGGAAAUCUAAGCAAAAUACAGGCCCGUAAAGCCUUCUCUGUCUACCUCCAGCGGGUUCAGCUGCGCUUGAUGAGUGAGACUGGAUUCCAGAAGUUCAGUGUCAUGUGGGCUGCCAAAGAGGAUGAACAAAUGGAGCUGGUAAUGCGUUUCCUCAAGAGAGCAACAAGCAAUCUGCAGCAGUCCCUGAAAUUGUCAUUACCCAGCCGACGACUGGCAAUUUUGGAACGCAGGCGGAUCCUGGGGCACCAGCUGGGCGAGUUCAUUUUUCACUACAACAAAGAAACAGAGCAAAUGGCUGAGAAGAGAUUAAGGAAGAAAUCAGAGGAGGAAGAGGAAGAAGGGAUUAACGCUAGCCACUUUCGGGACUUCAUCACCCACGCGAGUGAGAAGGAACUAGAAGAUGUACUGACCCUUUACACCCAAAAGAACAAAUCUGCAAGUAUCUUCCUGGGCGCUCGUUCCAAAUCCUACAAGCCCCAAAACAAUUAUUCCGAUAGUGGGGCCAAAGGAGACGAUCCAAUAACCAUGGAAGAAGUGAAAGUAAAGAAGCCCAAACCCCAAGCAGUUGGACAUCCCACUUCAAUGGAUGAAGAAGGAAAGCAUCCUUAUGGCCACUUCCCCAGUGCUGCUGCUUCCUGUCCCGGUGCCGUAUUUCCAAGAGCUCACAGCUCCCAGUUGUCAUCUCGCCCUCUUGCCCCCGGCUCCACAUUCGGACCAGGCCACCAUCCUGCUCUGUCCCACGUUCCUCCAACCAUUGCCAGCACGGUUCUUCCCUCCUCAGCUGCUUUUCAGAAUCUUGCUCCCAGCGGCUGUUGCCAUUCCGCCUUCCCCGAGCCGCCUCAUGCUCCGAGCCCAGUGGGGCUGCCCCGCUGUCGGUCUGGCAUUUAUUCCCUUGGUUCCUGCUCCUCGUUUCCAAGCACGGCACAAGCCCCCAGCCAGAGACUGUCCCGGCCCUCCUCAGCAAAAGCUGGUUCAUGCCAGCAAAGUCCAUGCAGGCAGCCGGCUGCAUCAGGCAUGGCUCCCAAAGACGGAGACGAUGGGUCUUCCCAGGCCAGACAGCACAAUCCCAGUGCUUUCACAUCUGAAUUUCAGCGCCUGGUUGAGAAACAGGCAGCAAGGCAGUAUUCUCCCCCAAGCCACAUCAGCCUCCUCACCCAGCAGUUAACAAACCUGAAUAUGGCAAGUGGAGGCAUAAUCAGGCCGGGCACCUCCUCCACGCCCCCAACCCUUCGUCCAUCACUCAACACUGGAGGCUCAACGUGGGCCAGCCACUCAAAUGCUCAAAUGGCCGAAAACAGGUGCUUUCCAUCAGGAAGUAGGGGUUUGCAGCCAGGCAGCGUGGCCUGGGAAGGAGAACUAGAGACGAAUGCCUACAGCAAGGUGACCGGAGUAGUGCCACAGCACAAGUACCAGCCUACUGCCGGCAGCUAUCAGUUCCAUUUUGCCCUGCAACAACUCGAACAACAGAAACUCCACUCCCGACAACCCCUGGACCAGAGCCGAGCUCGGCACCAGGCUUCCUUUGCCAAUCAGCUGCCUCCUACUUCAAAUGUUUGGGUCAUGCCAGGAAGUUCCUCUGCCCACCGAGCAUCAAGUGCCACCUCCAGUAGCCAGAAGGCAGCCGUUCUGCCCCCAAAGGUGAUGGCAUCCCAGAGCUGUUCCUCCCAACUUGCCCGCAUGCCUCCAUCUAACCACAAACAGACAGCAGUCAGAAAAAUAUCAGCCCAAAGGAUUGCCAAGGUCACCUCCACGGAAGGGCAGCUGAACGGAUUCCAGAACAGCCUUAACCAUGCUGGACCACAUGCGACCCUCCCGAAUUCCACAGGAACAGAAGCAGCCGAGAAUGGGACUAACCACCAGUUUCCCGGCUUCUGGGCCACCGAUCGCUUGUCCCCAGUGUUGAUCUCUUAAAUCCAUUGCUUGGAGUCACUUCUCUCAUCGUACUCCCCCACUGCAUUCAACUGAUGUGGUGCCCCAAAUUACGCUUUGAAAGCAUAGAAAACACUCUCCAACGUUCUAGUCAUAUCUGGGGAAAACCACUGGGUCAACUGAAGAUGGAUUUCAGAUUCUUGAAAACAGGGAUGACUUUCAAUCCCAUCGGUAUAGGCAGUUGAAAUGAAACUCCCUGUUAACGGUGACAUUCAGCCCUACGAAACCAACUAUCCCCUCAGCUUCCCUAGGUUUUCAGGUCCUCUGCAGCAAAUCCGUGCUCUUUGAGAAGACUUACCUCUGGGGCACCCUGAUAUCCUCCCAGAAAAUAAGAGAACCUUUAAAGUUGCAUUUUGCCUUCUUUUUACUUCCAUGAAUAAACUACUUCAAA